UGAUUUAGUAAUUAAUUUAUUUCUAAGAAAUCUGUUAGAAAUGCGAAGCUCCUGGAAUGCAAGUAGCUGAAGCUGAUCUUCUUCAUCUCCACGUUUGUACGCAAGGCUGUAAACCCUAAACCCUCACAGAAUUCCCAUUAUAAAACAAAAUCCUAUGUCACACAAAGCCCUAGAACCCCGGCACCCAAUCGAUUCGUGCGCAUUUCAGCUCCAUAGCUGGAGACCUUUUCAGCUGCAUCAACAGACAACACCUACCUCCAAAGCCCUAGACUCCGAUCCCUCCCUCCCCAACCCCAAACCCUACAACUCCUCUUCCAAUGGCCUGGUGGUCCACACCAAGCGUCCCUGCCUAUCCAACCGAGCGACGUCGUUUUCAAUCGACGCCAUCGACAUGUCUCGGUUGACCUUGGUAGACGACGACAGGACGAUCUCCGGUGGCCAUCACAAUAAGCACGGCAGCUUUCGAUUCAUUGCGAAGAAGAGGCGGCGCCACGGGUCCAGGUCAGUUUCGGGUCGGAGCAGCGAUCGGAGUGGGACCCGGAGGUGCUGCUCGGUCGGGGCUUCGGCUGCGUACGGUACGUGCUCGGAUUUUCCGGUGGCGGUGGGUACGGACUCCAGUGGUGAGCUGUUUGGGAAUGGGGAUGCAAAUUGGGCAUCGGAUGUGAGUGAAGCUAGGAAUUCGAGGAAGGAGAGAGAUGGAGGGAGUGGAGAGAAGGAGAAUCUGGGUAUUGGGUUUGGGCCUAUUGGGGGUUUUGAUGUUCAGGGGAAUGAGUCCGGGUACGGCAGUGAACCGGGUUACCGAGGGGAUGCGGAGUUCGGGUACGGCGAUGAGCUUGAUGAGGAGGAGGAGGAUACUCGUCUGUUGUUUUGGGGUGAUCAAUUUGGAGAUGCGGAUUCCAUGAUGGAGAUUGUGGGGGAAAAUACAUUUGUCGAUCAAAAAUCUCAUCACAGAUGUCGGCGUAAGAAGCACGACUGCAGAAUGGUUGAUUCGCUGAGGUAACCGAAUCAGUUGGAGAAUACAAAAGGCGUCUUUAUAUCAUCUAGGCAUUAGCUUUCUAUUGAGAAGGAUGUCGGCCCCUGGAUGGAAUCCGUGUAUGCAUGAUCUAAUCACUGCGUGACCACUUUCUGUCACUUCUGAGGUCCAUUUUGAUAGUGAGAGGGUUUGGUAUAUAUAUCAUGGAAUGGUUUUGGAUUCAUUUCGCGAUGUCGCUUACUGUAAUUUAUGCUUAAAGGAUUUUGACUGUACAUUGUAGUAUAGUGUGUUAUUCCCAAAAUUGCCAACUGAU